AUGGACUCUUUUAUCGAUAACCUGCCGCCAGACCUGUUUGACCAGACGACGCUGGUUUCGCUCGCGUCAACGGUCGCCAUCCUCGCCGUCGCCUAUGCCGGGUCCCGGGUGGCGCUGCCGGCAUCGACACCGGCCAGCUACCGCGGCCUCUUCAUCUGGCACGCUUUCGACGCCCUGAUUCACUUUUUUCUCGAGGGCAGCUUCCUUUACCACUGCUUCUUCUCCUGGAUGCCGCUCUCGUCGGUCAAGAACCCGCUUGCCCUUGCCCCGACCGCGCACAACUUUCUCGGCUACACGAACCGCGCCUAUGGCUCCCAGGCUGCUGGCGACAACCCCUUUGCCCAGCUGUGGAUGGUAUAUGCCAAGGCAGACAAGAGAUGGGCUGGCGCUGAUCUGUCCAUCAUUAGUCUCGAGCUCUUGACCGUAUUCCUAGCCGGACCGCUGGCAUGCCUAAUCUGCUACGGCAUUGCCAAAAAGGACCCGCGGACCAAUAUCCUCAUCAUUGUCGUGGCGACCAUGGAGCUCUACGGCGGCUUCAUCACCUUUUGCCCCGAGUGGCUUGUCCACAACAACAACCUCGACACGAGCAACUUCAUGUACAAGUGGGUGUACCUCGUCUUCUUCAACAUGCUCUGGGUCGUCAUCCCCGCCUGGGCCGUUUGGGUUGCUGUUGCCGACAUUAGCGAUGCCUUUGCCAUCCGGAGCCGGGUUCAGGCUACGCAGAAGCGCAAAUAG